AUGGCAGCAACAAUGGCCGAACGAGCACCUCGCGAGAGGAAACCCUCCUCAUCCGCGCCCAUUACCGAUUCCCCGGGUCCCAUUGGCCCUGCUGGCAUUUCGAGACCAAAACACAAGAGGACGGUUACGGGAUUUGGGCCCCAGGAGAUUAAGAGUAUUGAGGCCAGCAUUCCGGAGGGACAGAGAGCUGCGUAAGUUGGUGCCUACAUCUCUCCUCUUGAUCUCGAGUGGGGAGAAGCAUCCGGAGGCUUCGAAGGACUCAGCGUUGGCGACGUCGAGGUCUGCUAGGUCGAGAUCGUGUUGAGCUCUUGAGAAACACAGUGUUCUUCUCCCGGCUAACACAUCUUGCAGAUGGAAGAAGUACUCGGCCUCCGAGUUCAAGACCAAGGACGAGUUCGACGCUGCAGUCGUCAAGCACAUCGAGACCACUCUCGCGAGAUCUCUCUUCAAUUGCGAUGAAGCCGCCGCAUACGCCGGAGCGGCAUUGGCCUUCCGCGAUCGUUUGAUCAUCGAAUGGAACAAGACACAGCAGAACCAGACGUUGGCAGAUCAAAAACGGGUCUACUACCUCUCGCUGGAGUUCUUGAUGGGAAGAGCUUUGGAUAAUGCCAUGUUGAACACGGGCAUGAAGGACAUUGCAAGUGGUACGUAGGAUCAGAAAGGCUUGUAAGCUGCUGGACACUGAUUGUGGGUUUGCAGAGGGUGUCAAGGACCUCGGCUUCCGCAUGGAGGACAUCAUCUCCCAGGAACGAGAUGCUGCUCUUGGAAACGGCGGUCUCGGUCGACUCGCUGCCUGCUUCCUGGACUCGAUGGCGACUCUAAACUACCCGGCGUGGGGUUACGCUCUCCGUUACAGAUAUGGCAUCUUCAAGCAAGAGAUCAUCGAUGGCUAUCAGGUUGAGAUCCCAGACUACUGGCUCGACUUCAAUCCUUGGGAAUUCCCCCGUCAUGAUGUGACGGUUGACAUCCAGUUCUACGGCAAUGUCAGGAACUACACGGAUGAUCAGGGAAAGAAGCACAGCGUUUGGGAGAACGGCGAAAUUGUCACUGCAGUGGCAUACGAUGCUCCUAUUCCGGGAUUCGGCACCAAGACAACCAACAACCUGCGCUUGUGGUCAAGCAAGGCUUCCCACGGCGAGUUCGACUUCACCAAGUUCAACUCCGGAGAGUACGAGGCAUCGGUAGCAGAUCAGCAGCGUGCUGAGACCAUCUCGGCCGUACUCUACCCCAAUGACAGCUUGGAGCGCGGAAAGGAGCUUCGUUUGAAGCAGCAGUACUUCUGGUGUGCUGCCUCGCUGUUCGAUAUAGUGCGUCGGUUUAAGAAGUCCAAGAAGGCAUGGUCGGAGUUUCCGAACCAAGUGGCCAUUCAGCUCAACGACACUCAUCCCACGCUCGCCAUUCCGGAAUUGCAGCGCAUCUUGAUCGAUCACGAAGGUCUGGAGUGGGAUGAGGCCUGGAGCAUCGUCCAGAAGACGUUCGGCUACACCAACCACACCGUUCUUCCUGAAGCGCUUGAGAAGUGGAAUGUUCCUCUCAUGCAGCACUUACUCCCUCGCCACCUGCAGAUUAUUUACGACAUCAACCUGCAUUUCUUGCAGUACGUGGAGAGGAACUUCCCGAAGGACCGCGACAUGCUCUCUCGUGUGUCCAUCAUCGAGGAGUCUCAGCCGAAGAUGGUUCGCAUGGCCUACCUGGCUGUCAUUGGUAGCCACAAGGUCAACGGUGUCGCUGAGUUGCACUCCGAUCUGAUCAAGACCACCAUUUUCAAGGACUUUGUCAAGAUCUACGGCCCAGACAAGUUCACCAACGUCACUAACGGCAUCACGCCGAGAAGAUGGCUGCAUCAGGCCAACCCACGCCUCUCCGAGCUCAUCGCAAGCAAGCUUGGCGGUUACGACUUUUUGAGGGACCUCACUCUACUCCACAAGCUCGAAGGCUUCGUCGAUGACAAGGACUUCCGCAAAGAGUUUCAGGAAAUCAAGUACGCCAACAAAGUCCGCUUGGCCAAGUACAUCAAGGAAGUCGAGGGCAUCACGGUCAACCCAUCCAGCCUGUUCGAUAUCCAAGUAAAGCGCAUGCACGAGUACAAACGACAACAGCUCAAUAUCUUCGGUGUCAUUCACCGGUACUUGGAGCUGAAGGCAAUGUCGCCAGAGGAGCGCAAGAAGCUGCAACCAAGAGUCAGCAUCUUUGGUGGAAAGGCAGCUCCAGGGUACUGGAUGGCCAAGACUGUCAUCCACUUGAUCAACCAAGUCGGCCAGGUUGUCAACUCGGACAAGGAAAUCGGCGACCUGCUCAAGGUCGUUUUCUUGCAGGAUUACAACGUCAGCAAGGCCGAGAUGAUCAUUCCUGCCAGUGAUAUCUCCGAGCACAUUUCGACAGCAGGUACCGAAGCAUCUGGGUAAGUCUACACACACAGAAGAUCGUUGAGGCAGACGCAGUACUGACAAUGUGUAGUACAUCAAACAUGAAGUUCGUGCUCAACGGAGGUCUCAUCAUCGGAACUUGCGACGGUGCCAACAUCGAAAUCACCCGCGAAGUCGGCGAAGACAACAUCUUCCUCUUUGGCAACCUCGCCGAAGACGUGGAAGAUCUCCGUCACUCACACUUUUACGGCGACUUCCAGCUCGACCCAGCGCUGGUCAAAGUCUUUGAGGAAAUCAAAAAGGGCACUUUCGGAGAUGCCGGCCAGUUCUCUGCCCUCGUCAAUUCGAUUGUCGACCACGGCGAUUACUACCUCGUCUCGGACGACUUCAAGAGCUACCUCGACACUCAGAAGCUGAUCGAUGAGGCGUAUAAGAACCAGGAAGAAUGGUUGACCAAGACCAUCACGAGCGUGGCGAGGAUGGGUUUCUUCAGCUCUGAUCGGUGUAUCGAUGAGUACGCAGAGAUGAUCUGGAACGUGGAACCUGUGAAGCCUGGGGCGCCGACUAAUGGUGCAUCGUAA